CAUGGACUCUCUGCUUGAGAACUUCCCCCAGACUCCAUUCCCCAUUCAGUACACAAGGGUCUGGAUCCCUGACCCUGAUGAAGUAUGGGUCUCGGCUGAGUUAACCAAGGACUACAAGGAGGGGGAGAAGAGCCUCCAGCUCCGACUGGAAGAUGGGACGAUUCGGGAAUACCCCAUUGAUGUCCAAAGCAGCCAGCUGCCCUUCUUACGGAAUCCAGAUAUCUUGGUGGGAGAAAAUGACCUCACUGCCCUAAGCUAUCUGCAUGAGCCUGCUGUUUUGCAUAAUUUAAAGGUCCGUUUCCUGGAGUCGAACCAUAUCUACACUUACUGUGGUAUCGUGCUUGUUGCCAUUAAUCCUUACGAACAGUUGCCAAUCUAUGGACAAGAUGUCAUCUAUGCCUACAGCGGCCAAAACAUGGGGGAUAUGGACCCCCACAUCUUUGCUGUGGCAGAAGAAGCCUACAAGCAGAUGGCCAGAGAUGAGAAGAACCAGUCCAUCAUCGUCAGCGGGGAGUCGGGAGCGGGCAAGACCGUGUCAGCCAAGUACGCCAUGCGCUAUUUUGCCACAGUUGGUGGCUCAGCCAGUGACACCAACAUAGAAGAGAAGGUCCUGGCAUCCAGUCCCAUCAUGGAGGCCAUUGGAAAUGCUAAAACCACUCGCAAUGACAACAGCAGCCGUUUCGGGAAGUAUAUUCAGAUUGGCUUUGACAAAAGGUACCACAUCAUUGGGGCCAACAUGAGGACCUACCUGUUGGAGAAGUCCAGAGUGGUCUUUCAGGCAGAUGAUGAGAGGAAUUACCACAUCUUCUACCAACUCUGUGCCGCUGCCAGUCUUCCGGAGCUUAAAGAGCUUGCACUGACUUGUGCGGAGGACUUCUUCUAUACAUCACAGGGAGGAGACACAUCCAUCGAGGGUGUGGAUGACGCUGAGGACUUUGAGAAGACCCAACAAGCCUUCACACUCCUCGGAGUGAGAGAGUCCCAUCAGAUAAGCAUUUUUAAGAUAAUUGCUUCUAUCCUGCACCUUGGAAAUGUGGAGAUUCAGCCUGAGCGUGAUGGUGAAUCCUGUAGUAUAUCACCCCAGGACGAGCACCUGAACAACUUCUGCCGACUGCUGGGGGUGGAGCACAGCCAGAUGGAGCACUGGUUGUGCCAUCGCAAGCUGGUCACCACCUCAGAGACCUACAUCAAGACCAUGUCCCUGCAGCAGGUGGUGAAUGCACGCAAUGCCCUGGCCAAGCACAUCUAUGCCCAGCUGUUCAGCUGGAUCGUGGAGCACGUCAACAAGGCCCUGCAAACUUCCCUGAAGCAGCAUUCCUUCAUCGGGGUCCUGGACAUCUAUGGGUUUGAGACUUUUGAGGUCAACAGCUUUGAGCAGUUUUGUAUCAACUAUGCCAAUGAGAAGCUCCAGCAGCAGUUCAACUCGCAUGUAUUCAAACUGGAGCAAGAAGAGUACAUGAAGGAGCAGAUCCCUUGGACCUUGAUUGAUUUUUAUGAUAACCAACCUUGUAUUGACCUCAUUGAAGCUAAGCUGGGCAUCUUGGACCUGUUGGAUGAAGAAUGUAAGGUCCCCAAAGGAACCGACCAGAACUGGGCUCAGAAGCUGUACGACCGGCACUCUGGCAGCCAACACUUCCAGAAACCCCGCAUGUCCAACACAGCCUUCAUUGUCAUCCACUUUGCCGAUAAGGUGGAGUACCUUUCUGAUGGUUUUCUGGAGAAAAAUAGAGACACAGUGUAUGAAGAGCAGAUCAACAUCCUGAAGGCCAGCAAGUUCCCGCUGGUGGCUGACUUGUUUCAUGACGACAAGGACCCCUUGCCGGCCACCACCGCGGCUGGGAAGGGCUCGUCUUCAAAGAUCAGCGUUCGCUCCGCUAGGCCCCCCCUGAAAACCUCCAACAAGGAACACAAGAAAACCGUGGGCCACCAGUUCCGAACCUCCCUGCACCUGCUUAUGGAGACCUUGAACGCCACGACCCCACACUAUGUCCGCUGCAUCAAACCUAAUGAUGAGAAGCUCCCCUUCCACUUUGACCCAAAGAGAGCAGUGCAGCAGCUCAGAGCGUGCGGGGUAUUGGAGACGAUUCGAAUCAGUGCAGCCGGCUACCCAUCCAGGUGGACCUACCAUGACUUCUUCAACCGGUACCGGGUGCUGGUCAAGAAGAGGGAGCUGGUCAACACGGACAAGAAGGCCAUCUGCAAGUCUGUCCUGGAGAGCCUCAUCAGGGAUCCUGACAAGUUCCAGUUUGGCCGCACCAAGAUCUUCUUCCGGGCAGGCCAGGUGGCCUACCUGGAGAAGCUUCGGGCUGACAAAUUCCGGGCAGCCACCAUCAUGAUCCAGAAAACCGUCCGGGGUUGGCUGCAGAAGGUGAAGUACCGCAGACUGAAGGGGGCGACCUUGACCCUGCAGCGCUACUGCCGAGGACAUCUGGCCCGGAGGCUGGCCGAGCACCUGCGGAGAACCCGGGCGGCCGUGGUGUUCCAGAAGCAGUACCGCAUGCGGAGGGCCCGCCUGGCCUACCAGCGGGUGCGUGGGGCUGCUGUCAUCAUCCAGGCCUUUGCCAGAGGCAUGUUCGUGCGCAGAGCCUACCACCAGGUCCUCGUGGAGCACAAGGCCACCAUCAUACAGAAGCACAUGCGGGGCUGCAUGGCUCGCAGGCAUUUCCAGCGUCUGCGGGGCGCGGCCAUUGUCAUCCAGUGUGCUUUCCGGAGGCUCAAGGCCAGGCAGGAGCUAAAGGCCCUCAAGAUUGAGGCCCGCUCUGCAGAGCACCUGAAACGCCUCAACGUGGGCAUGGAGAACAAAGUGGUCCAGCUGCAGCGGAAGAUCGAUGACCAGAACAAAGAGUUCAAGACGCUGUCCGAACAGUUGUCGGCCGUCACGUCCACGCACACCAUGGAGGUGGAGAAGCUGAAGAAGGAGCUGGCCCGUUACCAGCAGACCCAAGUUGAGGACAGCAGCCUGAGGCUGCAGGAGGAGGUGGAGAGCCUGCGCACGGAGCUGCAGAGGGCCCACUCGGAGCGCAAGGUCCUGGAGGACGCCCAUGCCAGGGAGAAUAAUGAGCUGAGAAAGCGAGUUGCAGACCUGGAGCAAGAAAAUGCUCUCUUGAAAGAUGAGAAAGAGCAGCUUAACAACCAAAUCCUCAGCCAGUCUCAAGGUGAACUUGCCCAGAGCUCUGUCAGGGAGAAUCUCCUGAUGAAGAAGGAACUGGAGGAGGAGCGUUCCCGGUACCAGACCCUAGUGAAGGAGUAUUCGCGGCUGGAGCAGAGAUAUGACAACCUGCGGGAUGAGCUGACUGUCAUGAAGCAAACCCCAGGCCACAGGCGGAACCCGUCAAACCAGAGUAGCUUAGAAUCUGACUCCAAUUACCCCUCCAUCUCCACGUCUGAGGUCGGAGACACAGAGGAUGCCCUCCAGCAGGUGGAGGAAAUUGGUCUGGAGAAGGCGGCCAUGGACAUGACAGUCUUCCUGAAGCUGCAGAAGAGAGUGCGGGAGCUUGAACAGGAAAGGAAGAAGCUGCAGGUGCAGCUGGAGAAGAGAGAGCAGCAGGACAGCAAGAAAGCCCAGGAGGAGCAACUGAAGAAUGAGGCAGACUUAGACCAGGACGCGGAUCUUGCCUACAACAGCCUGAAGAGGCAAGAGCUGGAGUCGGAGAACAAGAAGCUCAAGAAUGACCUGAAUGAGCUGAGGAAAGCCGUGGCCGACCAAGCCACACAGAACAACUCCACCCACAGCUCCCCAGACAGCUACAGUCUGCUACUGAACCAGCUCAAGCUGGCCAGUGAGGAACUUGAGGUUCGCAAAGAGGAGGUGCUCAUCCUGAGGACCCAGAUUGUCAGCGCUGACCAGCGCCGGCUUGCUGGCAAGAGCACGGAGCCAAGCAUUAACUCCAGAACAAGUUGGCCAAACAGUGAAAAGCAUGUAGAUCAAGAAGAUGCUAUCGAGGCCUAUCACGGGGUCUGCCAGGCAAACAGCAAGACUGAGGACUGGGGAUAUUUGAAUGAAGAUGGAGAACUCGGCUUGGCCUACCAAGGCCUAAAGCAAGUUGCCAGGUUGCUGGAAGCACAGCUGCAGGCUCAGAGCCGUGAGCAUGAGGAAGAGGUGGAGCAGCUCAAGGCCCAGGUGGAGGCGCUGAGGGAAGAGCUGGACAAGCAGCAGCAGACCUUCUGCCAGACGCUGCUGCUGUCUCCAGAGGCCCAGGUGGAGUUCGGCGUGCAGCAGGAGCUCUCCCGGCUGACCAACGAGAACCUGGACCUGAAAGAACUGGUAGAAAAGUUGGAAAAGAAUGAAAAGAAGCUCAAAAAACAACUGAAGAUUUACAUGAAGAAAGUCCAGGACCUGGAAGCUGCACAGGCCUUGGCCCAAAGUGACAGGAAGCGCCAUGAGCUCAACAGGCAGGUCACUGUCCAGCGGAAAGAGAAGGACUUCCAGGGCAUGCUGGAGUACCACAAGGAGGACGAGGCUCUCCUCAUCCGGAACCUGGUGACAGAUCUGAAGCCCCAGACACUGGCAGGCACGGUCCCCUGCCUUCCGGCUUACAUCCUCUACAUGUGCAUCAGGCACGCCGACUACAUCAACGACGAUGUCAAGGUGCACUCCCUGCUCACCUCCACCAUCAACGGCAUCAAGAAAGUCCUCAAGAAGCACAAUGAUGACUUUGAGAUGACAUCCUUCUGGUUAUCCAACACCUGCCGCCUCCUCCAUUGCCUGAAACAGUACAGUGGGGAUGAGGGCUUCAUGACUCAGAAUACCUCCAAGCAGAAUGAGCACUGUCUUAAGAACUUUGACCUCACUGAAUACCGCCAGGUGCUGAGUGACCUUUCCAUUCAGAUCUACCAGCAGCUCAUUAAAAUCGCCGAGGGGCUUUUGCAGCCAAUGAUCGUUUCUGCCAUGUUGGAAAAUGAGAGCAUUCAGGGCCUCUCUGGUGUGAAGCCAACGGGCUACCGGAAUCGCUCCUCCAGCAUGGUGGAUGGAGAUAAUGCAUACUGCCUGGAAGCCAUCAUCCGCCAGAUGAAUUCCUUUCACACAGUCAUGUGCGACCAGGGCCUGGACCCUGAGAUCAUCUUGCAGGUUUUCAAACAGCUGUUCUACAUGAUCAACGCGGUGACUCUCAACAACCUGCUCCUGAGGAAGGACGUCUGCUCCUGGAGCACAGGCAUGCAACUCAGGUACAAUAUAAGUCAACUUGAGGAAUGGCUUCGGGGAAGAAACCUUCACCAGAGUGGAGCAGUCCAGACCAUGGAACCUCUGAUACAAGCAGCCCAACUCCUGCAGUUAAAGAAGAAAACCCCCGAGGAUGCCGAGGCCAUCUGCUCACUGUGCACCUCCCUCAGCACCCAGCAGAUUGUCAAAAUCUUAAACCUUUAUACUCCCCUGAAUGAAUUUGAAGAACGGGUAACAGUGGCCUUUAUACGAACAAUCCAGGCACAACUGCAAGAGCGCAAUGACCCCCAGCAACUGCUGCUAGACUCCAAGCAUAUGUUUCCUGUUUUAUUUCCAUUUAAUCCCUCUUCUCUGACCAUGGACUCAAUCCACAUCCCAGCGUGUCUCAAUCUGGAGUUCCUCAACGAAGUCUGAAAUUGCACAUUCCCAACUUUGGCUCUAUUUCCAGUGGUGGCAAGGGGUUCUACACAGUAAAGAAAUUUAAGGAUCUGCUAAAUUUGUAAAAGUAGAUCAAAUCAGAGGUUGAGCGCCUUGUGCAGUGUGCUGAACUAUACAGAAUAAGACACAUGUCAUUACUUUUUGCACCUACUGCUCAGAAUAAAAAACACUUGAAUAUGGAAGAGAAAUAUAGACGUAUGGAAGGAUUUUUUUUUUAAGUAUGAUUUCGUUCUAGACAAGUCACAUCAUAAAUUAUAACCACCAACUAGUCCCCAUGGCCAUAUAAAAGGUGCCAAUCUCUACAAUGGAGACUUCCUAGUUUUGAUCUCUGUAUAUAACUGGAUAAUAUCCAUGGUAAAAUAUUAAAAAUAUGUAAAUUGCCUUUUAACAAAUAAUGGUACUAGUAACCAUGAUACUGUCAUAUAGUAGUGACAUUUCCCUAAGGUUGACAAACCAUAGGUACAGCUGAGUUAGUGGGGAAAUGUUUUAGAAUAUAAAUACAGACCCAGGAAUUCUGCAGUUUCCCAAAGAUAUUUAAUGCCUGGUGAUACAAAGAAAAUGGCAUACUUGACAUCUAGAUCCAACAUUUUGAGUACUGGUUUCUGAAACAAAAUUAGAAGACCCAGCCCUCAUGUGCUCAAACCCUUUUGAGUAGUCUUGGGUUUAUGAAUGAGUUGUGCUAAAAAUGCUGUUUCCCCUAACUUACAAUGUGAACAAGAUAAUCUUUGCUUCCAAUGCUAGUACACUUACUGAUUCAACCAAACUCACAAAAAGCUAUAUAAGCUAAAUAUUAGAAAAGAUAACUUGUUUUAUUUACAGAUAUAAAAGCCAAACAAGUGAGUAGGAAAGCCUUUAAUCCUAAUAAUGCCAUUAAACCUCCUAAGGGCAUCACAUAAUGUACUAGUAGUUUUAGAUAACCAAAAUGGGAAAGGAAAACAAACUUUAUCCUGAAGGUAAACUUAUUUGAAAAAGUUUUGUGGUUGUUAGAGAAUUAAAUAGCUUGUAUCAACAUUUCCUUUUCAGGCUAUUCUCAAAUUUACCACAUAAAAAUCAAAUAGCUCUGCUAUGAAAUAAGGAUUAAAAGAAGUAUUCCGCAGUAACAUUGCAACAGACUCUACAUUUGCUGCUUUUAUUAAAAAGAAACAGCCUUUUCAAAAGUAGACAUUCAAUUAGAAAACCCUACAUAUACUUGAUGUUCUCUUUUUAGUAUUUCUCCCCAUUUUUGGUAGAUAAUAGUAAUCCCUUCUCAUGGUAGGGUCAGAUGGUGUUUGUAAAUCAUAAAAAAGCAGCCAUUCACAUCCGGAAGAGUUCUCCUUGAAUUGCAAGUAGAACACACACACCCCACCACCACCUGUUGGUUACUCGGCCUCUCCACUUAAAAGGCUCUUGGGAACACCACACUCCAAACACUAAGGAGGUUCAUGCACUGCGUCCUGACAGCUCGGCCCUCUCAGUCAUUUCCCUUGCCCACCGGGCAGAACAAGGCACAACACCUGGAUGAAGCCUGCUGACGCUCAUGUCUAGGUCAAUGUCAACGGCAUUUUCCCCUCUAGCUCAUUACAUAUCCUGGCUUCUCUGGGGGUCUACAAGGGCCUAUCUGUUCUUCCUUUCUUUCCCAAUUAUAUCAUCUGACAUCCGUGACACACAUCCUUCAACCCACACACUGACUUUGUUUGGAAGGCCAGUCUAAACCAUUUGGGUCUGUGGCUACCUCUUUUUAAAGGCAUUUAGUAUAAUGUGUUUUUUUUACUGCACUUUACUUUAAAACCUAGUCUCUCAUGCAAGGAUCAUCCUCAGUCUUCAAGGUAACCAAGAAUACCUUGCUUGAGUGUUAAAGAGCUUGACAAGUAGUGAUUCCAUAAAUGCAAGGUUGUCGUUCCAUAAAGUCUUGUAUCCUCAUUCUCUCCAUCUCUUUGGCUUGUUACUGCCCACUCUUACUGGUUAAUUACUAGGUAUCAAGGACUGACUAAAUAAGAGCUUGGCCUGCUUUUCCUGGAGGUGUGGGAGAGAGACCAUGAACAGUUUCCUACAUAGCCUAAGAAAUGGCAGCUUUAGUUCUUUUCAAAAAGAUAAAGGUAUUUCACGGGAGUGGUACGUAAUUUAUAACUAUUUUAAAACAUAUACUUUUAUAGACCACUAACAAUAAGAAAUAUGGACAUUGGCUGCUUAAUGUUUAGAUCUGUCCUAUUUAACGUAACAUUUGGAGACUAGAAGAACCAUCUUAGGGGAACUUUAAUGUUUUAUUUGUGUUUUUAUUCUUCGCACUUUUUUAAAAUCAGUUCAAAUCAUACAUUUUCCAACUUCAUAAAAUCAGUGACUUAAUUUAAAUAACCUAUUGCAACAUAAAGGUUUGAACUCAAUACUAGAUGUCUUUAUUUUUUAAUAUUUAAAGUUUAGUUAACACUUCUCUCACUAUGUGCCUUUGGCAGUUAUGAAAAUAACUGACUAUCAAUUAUUUCUCUGAAAUGUUGCUGUGGGAAGAAUUUCAAAGUUUUACAUAACAUCAAGAUAGUUUUGAUUUGUCUUCUGAAACAUAAGCUUUUAAAGAUUACUUAAUAAUGAAAUAUUUAUAUAUAAAAACAACCUGUGUUUGAAGUAUUAUGUGGGAACCCUCUGUUUACCUGUAGUUAUGUGUGUUAUGUACAUACUGAUUAUUGUGAAGUUGACAAGCACAUUUCCUACAUGCAUUCUCCCCAGGCCAUCCUAACUGGCUGGCUUUAUGGAACCUAUAGCUUCACCUGGCAAGCAGCUUAGACCCAAAGGAAAACAGAUAAUUUUCCCCUUUCCAUUGAGCAUGUCAAUAGGAAUUUCUUCUCUUGGCUUUCCUAUACUAAAGUUUAAGAAUUUAUAAAUGCAAAACAAAAGACAAAGCUAGCAACUUAGAAAACUUAGGAAAAAAUUAACACUGCUAUCAUCAAUUCAUCAAAUAUUUAGAGCCUUACUGCAUUGAGAUUAUAGCAACCAAUAAAUUAGAAUCUAUUCUUUUGCAUAUAAUGAAUUUGUUUCACACAUUUGACCUAAUUUUAAGGCAACAAAUUAUCCUAAAUUGAAGCACUUAUAUAAUGCCUAUUGUCAAACAUUAAUUAAAAUGUGACAGCAUGGGGCAAGGCCCUGUAGUUUUCCUCAUAAAAUAAUUCCCUGUAGUUGGUUUUUCAAAGUAAUUUGCUGCAUGAGCCAAAUAGCCAUAAUUACUUUUUGUACUCAUUGGUGCCAUAAUUCAAAUUUUAGGGAGUAUGAAAAAAAUCACUGGUUAAUGCCAAUUUUUUCCCCUUAUCAAAGUCAAAAGAUACUAAAGAUUGUUAUAAUAAAAAAAUUUCUAAUGUAAUCAAUCAGAAAUGAAUUUAAGCUAUUUUUAAGGUGAUACUGCAUCAGAGCAAUCCAGAUUUGGAUAUAACAUUUUGCCACCAACUGAUGUUUAGAUCAAGGACUGCCUCUCAAAGGGGGUUCACAUCAUAUUCAGGGGUGAAUCUAACAUAGAAGAAAUACUACUGAUAAAAUUAUUUUUCCAUUUUGAACAAAUCUGUAAACUACACCUUUGUUUAUAGAAAAUGCUUGUAAUAGUCACUGUAAUACUCAACUAUGGAUAAAAAUUUCUGGAAAUAAAUACUUUUGAAUAAAGUGGUGUGCCAAAAUCUAAAUGAAAUUUAA